AUGCAAUUCCAGAAAAUCUUCACCCUGUCCAUGCUGGCCACCUAUGUCACAGCCGGGCCAGCAGCCUACGGCAUCUGUCAAGCAGGCUGCGCCGGCGUCACGGUCGCUUGCUACUCUGCAGCAGGCUUCGUCUUCGGCGUCGCCCUUCCCGCCGCACCACCAGCAAUUCUUGCCUGUAACGCGGCUUUCGGGUCUUGCCAAGCAGCUUGCUGGGCCGCGCUGAUUGCACCGACACCUUGA